AAUGUGGAUGAUGGAGUAGGUGGAGAGGAAUUAAUAACACCUCACGUCGUCUCUCUCUCUCUCUCUCUCGAGUUUCUAUUAAACCUCAGUCGAUAAGCAGUGUGAGUGGGUGUCAGUCUCUCGCUAUUCUCUUACCAUCGAGGGGGUGUUCUGAGAUCACAUUGAACAAUGGUGAAGGCUGUUGUUGUUCUUAACAGCAGUGCAGGUGUCAGUGGCACCCUUUACUUUACCCAAGAAGGAGAUGGUCCAACUGCGGUAACUGGAAGUGUCUCUGGUCUUAAACCUGGGCUUCAUGGCUUCCAUGUCCAUGCGCUCGGUGACACAACAAAUGGUUGCAUGUCAACUGGACCACAUUUUAAUCCUGCUAACAAGGAGCACGGUGCUCCCACGGACGAGAACCGUCAUGCUGGUGAUCUAGGGAAUAUUGUUGUUGGUGAAGAAGGUACUGUUAGCGUCAAUAUUUCUGACGUUCAGAUUCCUCUCAGUGGACCAAACUCCAUCAUUGGAAGGGCAGUUGUAGUCCAUGCUGAUCCUGAUGACCUUGGAAAGGGUGGACAUGAGCUCAGCAAGUCCACUGGAAAUGCUGGCGGCAGAAUCGCCUGUGGAAUUAUUGGUCUCCACGGUUGAUUAGCGGAUUGUGACAUUGUCUCGGAUUAAAUGCUCAGUACCAUGAAAG